GAUAAUCCUCAGUCAGAGAAUGUGUUUCCAACUGAUAUCCCUAACGUAGAAAAUGAAACUACUGAACAAAAUAACCCAUUACUGGGCAGUAUUUCAGGAAUUGAAAACCAACCAGAAUCUGAUAAUCUACCUCAAGAACAAUUAAACCAAGUUAGUCCUCAGUCAGAAAAAAUAUCUCCAACUGAAAUUCCCAAAGUAGAAAACGAGCCAACUGAACAAAAUAAACCAUUAUUGGACAGUAGUGCGGGAGCUGAAAAGCAACCAGAAUCUGAUAAGCUAUCUGAAGAACAAAUUAACAAAGAUAGUCCUCAGUCAGAGAAUAUAUCUCCAACUGAUAUCCCUAACGUUGUAAACGAACCCACUGAACAAUAUAAACCACAAGUGGAUAAUAAUCUGGGAGGACAAAAUCAACCGGAAUCGGAUAAGCUACCUCAAGAACAAUUAAACCAAGAUAGUCCUCAGUCAGAGAACGUAUUUUCAACGGAAAUUCCUGAAGUAGAAAAUGAACCGACUGAACAAAAUAAACCAUUAUUGGACAGUAGUGCGGGAGCUGAAAAGCAACCAGAAUCUGAUAAGCUAUCUGAAGAACAAAUCAACCAAGAUAGUCCUCAGUCAGAGAAUAUAUCUCCAACGGAUGUUCCUAAAAUAGAAAACGAAACUAUACAACCAGUAGCACCAGUAGCUUCAGAAAAUGAUGCAGCAACAGUACAACCAAACGAAGAUAAUAAUAUAUUUGUCGUGUCACCAACAUCACCACCAUUAUUCUCUGAUAAUCUAGUUAAAGGUGACGGUUCUACUUCAAUAACCAAUAAAAACGAUAACAGUGAUAAAUAUUCUUCGACACAAAAUAAYGAAGACAAGACUGUUGAAGUCCCAAAACCAUCAGCUGAUGACAAAACAUCACUUACUGAUACCACCGAUAAGACCAACAUAUUACUAUCAAGUCACACUGWWWCAGUUACAGAAGUCCAAAACGUGGUGCCACAAGCAAAUUAUGAAAAUAAUAAAAAUGCAAUAAACAUUAAGCCAGUAGAUAACAAAGUGAACAAUGAUAUAGUAACAGAUAGUCCGGUUAAUCCUAACGAAAAAUUACCUAUCGAUGCUGAACAUAACGAUAACAAAUUUGGAUCAAACAGUCCGGUGAGUUUGGAACCAACCGUUACGACAACGUCUGGAAUAAAUUAUGAUUUCAACACGGAAGUAACAAAUCAUGGUGUAUCGGUAGAUGAUUUUCCAUCUCAUGAAAAUCAACCAAUUGACGGCCAUUCAGGAGAAGAGUACGAAAGCUCAUUUAAUGCUGAUACGGGAGACCACCAAAUUGUACAUCAAACUUCGACUGAAUCAGAGGCGUCGACAAAUAAAUAUCCAUCAUCUUCUGACGAACACGCGACUGAUUUUACCACUUAUUCACCACAACUACAAAUAGCUGAUAAUAAUAUUCCUGCAAAUCCUCAAGUUAUUAAUCCUAGUGCACCAAUAACAACACAAGACGAAACGAAAACACCAAACGACUUGACGGCAAACGGUUCACUAGAUCAAUCUUCCGAUAGUUAUAUACCAACCGAAAUAAACGGAGUACAAAAUUCUGAAGCACCAACUGAAUCGCCUGUAUUGUAUGAUAAUAAUGGCGAACAAUCUAUUCCUACGCAAGCCCCAGAACAAAACAAUGAAUAUGAAAACGUCACUCCUCACAAACAAUCACAAGACGAGGAUGUCAACAAGAUU